CCCAGCUGUGCCGUGCCCAGCUGUGCAAAAAAAGGAGCCACCCCGGAUUUAUUUAUCUCUGCCCCCACGCCGUGCACACGAUGAAGCGACCUUGCGAGGAAACUACCUCAGACAGCGAUAUGGACGAGACUAUAGACGUGGGGAGCGAGAACAACUACUCGGGGCAAAGUAAUAGUUCUGUCAUUCGAUCAAAUUCCCCAACAACAACAUCUCAGAUCAUGGCCAGAAAGAAAAGAAGAGGGAUUAUAGAGAAAAGGCGCCGUGAUCGUAUAAAUAACAGUUUAUCAGAGCUGAGGCGGCUUGUGCCAACUGCUUUUGAAAAACAAGGAUCUGCCAAAUUAGAAAAAGCGGAAAUACUGCAAAUGACAGUGGAUCAUCUGAAGAUGCUGCAGGCAACAGGAGGGAAAGGUUAUUUUGACGCUCAUUCCCUGGCCAUGGAUUUCAUGAGCAUCGGCUUCCGGGAGUGCUUGACAGAAGUGGCGAGGUACCUGACAUCGGUGGAAGGUCUCGACACGUCCGACCCCCUGCGCGUUAGACUCGUGUCUCACCUGAGCACCUGUGCCUCUCAGAGGGAAGCUGCUGCCAUGACCUCCUCCAUGGCCCACCACCACCACCCCCUGCACCCUCACCACUGGGCGGCCGCCUUCCACCACCUCCCGGCCGCUCUGCUGCAGCCGAAUGGACUGCACGCCUCGGAUGCUGCCCCAUGCAGACUCUCCUCGGACGUGCCCCCGCACGGCUCCGCCCUGCUCACGGCCACCUUCGCCCACGCCGAUGCCGCCCUCAGAGUCCCCUCCGCUGGCAGCAUCGCUCCCUGUGUCCCUCCUCUCUCUACCUCCCUCUUGUCCCUGUCGGCCACUGUUCACGCCGCGGCAGCAGCAGCCACAGCUGCAGCCCAGAGCUUCCCCCUCUCCUUCAGCGGCACCUUCCCUAUGCUCCCGCCCAGCGCGGCCGCCGCCGCCGUGGCUGCGGCGACCGCCAUCACCCCUCCGCUGGCCGUGUCAGCCACCGCCAGCCCUCAGCAGGCUGGCACCGGGGGCGGCACGAAACCCUACCGACCCUGGGGGACUGAAGUUGGAGCCUUUUAAGUCUCCCCCCACACACACCUCUUCCUACCGCAGCUCCCUCCUCUCCCUCUCAGCACACGUGCAUGUGCUCACCCCCAGGAGCCCACACAUCCCCGCACCCACACCCAGCCUCCGGGGCUCGGUGUGGCCUCCCUGCUCAGCCUUCACCCAAAGGGCCUGAGAGGUGCCGGCGAGCCCAGCCAGGAACGGCGCGAUUAUCCUCACUGCAGGUGUCGGAGCGAACAUGGGGAGACACCUUCUUCUUCUUCUUUCUUUGUCUUGCUGGGGGCACCUUGAGCGAGCAGCAGUGGCUUUCAGAACAGUGUGACCAUGCCGGCAUGUAGAGGUUUCCUUCAAAAUACGUAGAAAUACGUAGGCAUUAGAACUAAUAGUUCUCCAGCUAUGCAUCCUUGUUUGGCAGAGGUGAGGGAUUGCAUCUACCAGGUCUCCCCAGGUGAGAAAAGGAGUUCCAGUUUCAUAAGUGCCUGACAUUGAGAAAAUAAUAAAUAAAUAUAUAUGUGUGUGUGUGUGUUCUGCUAAAACAAAUAACAUUGCACAGGUAUGGAAAUGGUUUGGGAGAGAGGUGAAAUUCUGCAUUCAACUUCAGAACUAGGAUACUUUUCCAGGGCACAGCAUGCUCUUGAAGGGGAGAGGAGGUUUUUCUAGCCAAAAGAUUGCCGAGGAAGAAUGUUUAGUUUGACAGGCCUAGUUCUCGCUUCCUUAGUUCACUUUCUUUGUACAGACUUGCCAAAUUGUGACGUCUAGCAUAGCAUUGGUAAAAGCAAUUAUCUUAUCAGUGCUGGGAUUAAUGAACGUUUCAGCAUAGCCUGUGAGCCCUAAGGCACCCAUUUUUAUGGCUUAAACAUGGUGCUAGCUCCUAUCUGCACAAACAGUGAAUUUGUCAUGCACCCAGAAGUAACCGCCUAUUUAAAGUGUGCACACUUGGAUACAGUUGAUUCAUGCCAAUACAAGAUACACUCAGUGUUGUAAGAGUUCAACUUAACUUAUUUAGCUGUAUUUGGACAUUUACUUUUAACUGAUUCAGUGCAAGAUCCCUCUUCCUUUCACUAUCAACUUCUGGGAGAAUGAUCACUCUGGGUAUGAAUGAAGUUAUGGUAGGGACGAUUUUUAAAUUGGCUAUUAACAUGCCAACAUUGUAAUGUGGGUUUGAUUCCAAACCAAAAUGAAUGUAUUAAUGGGAUGUGAGUAAAUUAUUUUGUCUAUACCCAGAUAACUAGUGCU